AUGUCCUCACCAAAGAUAGGCAUGAAGCUUGUUGAUGAAUCCUUUCUCUUUUGGGACAAGCAAUUAAAAUUUGUAAAACGAAUUGGCACACUAUCGGAAAAGUUUUCCGAAGAGAUGACUUCUCACGCCAACUUUCUUGAGGAAUUUGUUGUGUCAUUAAACCCAAAACCAGUUCACAUUGAUAUUCCAUCAUUCACAACAAUUAUUGAAGGCUUUAGAUCUAUUUGCGACACCUUUGUCUUUUUCCAAAAGCAGGUUCAAGACCUUUUAGUAAACCCAACAAAACUUGUCAACUCAAAUCUCGAGAUCUUCAAAAAAAUACCAAAAGACUCGAAGAAAUCUCAGAUUGACGAAAUGACAGCUUUUCAAAAUCACAAGAUUGACGAAUACCUCAAAGUCCAAACGCCCCUUUUUUUCUUGGAUUAUUUUACCAUUUUCACGUCGUUAUAUCAAGUUGGAUCUACUUAUUUGCCCAAUACAUCAAAAUAUUCAGAGAUCUAUAACCGAACGGUGAAGAACAAUCUGAAACAAAGUGAACAAACAACAGAGAAGAAUGUGAUUUAUCUCCAGCCAUUAGAGAACAUAUUGCAGAACGAGAGUCGUACAAAUAGGCAGAUGCCGAGAUCCAUAGAAGAACUGAUAAAGACGUUAUAUGUCCGAGGGGCAUACACGAAGGGGAUCUUCCGCGAGAACACUUUUGCGAACAAAGAAACCAUCGAUAAACUCACUUUAUCGAUUGGGUUUUUGGACAUGACCGACCAACCCCCAGAAGUCUGCGCAGCGGUGUUAAAGAGUUACUUCCGAAGUAUGCCCGACCCAUUAGUUGACAUUGAGACGGGUAAUACUAUAUGUGAGACGUGGGAAGACGAUAAAAAAUUUGGUGUGAAAGAGAAACUCCUUGGCGCGAACGCGCUGGUCCAGUCGUUGAGUCCCGCACACUUGUCCUUGUUCAGAAAUGUGAUGAAACUUUGUUUUAAAAUUCAUAUGUACAAGGACGCCAAUUUGAUGGACGCAAAGAAUCUGUCGGUCUGCAUCGCACCUUCCCUCGUCAGACUCGCGGAAGAAACGUUCGACAAGACAAAGAAACUCAUUUCGUUCAUCGAGUUUGUCAUCACAAAUUAUCCAAAUCUCUUCCCCGACGACGUCGAUAAGGAUUUGUAUCGGAGAACUUUCGCACCAAAUAUGAUGAGGCCAAUGAGAGCUGCAGACACCAAUGGAACCGAUCAGAAAAGCUUGUUGAUACAAGAAAUGAAGGCUAAAAACUCAAACGACCCAACUCUGUGUUGCUUAUCUCCACGUAUCAAAUUUGACCAAGCCGAUAAGAAGGACACAAUGAGCUCACUCUCUUUGGUUAGACGAAAAACUAUCACGUCGAGACCCGUCAAUUGCCAAGUCGAUUUCAACGCGAGAAAACACUCAAACAGCAUUUCAAGUAAAACACAAAAACGAGACGAUUUGGGCGAAAAGAAAAAUGAAAAGGACGACAGCGGGACCGACUCCGAUAAUACUGUUAGUCCCAUUAAAAGUCCGAGGAGGGACAAGCCGGAUCACCGGAAGUCGAAAUUGUCUGCUUCUGUUGUCGCUUUCACCAAGAAAUUGCACAGAAAG